AACUACCUCCCCCCUCCAACAUAUAUAUAUAGAUAUAUAUAUAUAUAUAUAUAUAUUAAACCGGUCUUAAACAACAAACAACCAUUGUGCAGUGAGAAAAUGGACUUUUAGUUAGAGUAGUUAAAAAGUGAUGAAAAACAGUACAGUGUAAAAUUUAAACAUAAACAAUGUUUGCAGUUUUAAGAUUCAGUGUUUGGUUUUUACUCCGAGAUAGGUUUUGCUCCAGGUAGUGGUUAACAUAGGCCGCCAUGUUGCUCUAGGUUGGUUCAAUAACACAAGAAACUCAACCCAUUGCAAACAUAAUCACAGAGAAACGUGUAAAAAAACACUGAACUCAGACUUGUGAAAAUUUGCAAUUAAAAUUGAAUUAAAAGUGACGAAAGUGUAGUAAAUAAUCAUGAGUUUUGUUUUGAUAAUAAAGAAAAACAUCAUAAGAAAGCCAAACAUGGCUAAAAUAUGAACAUUCUAAAAACAGAAGCCUUGAUAGUUCUGAAUUCAUAGCUAUUUGUACCAAAAUGGUUUUGUGAAAAAUGAUUGUAAUUCUGGAUUUUGAACUGUGAGCAAGUGAUUUUGUGCUAAAAAGGGUUUACAUAGUGAACUAGUGAAUCUAAAUUGUGUCAAAAAUGGGUAAAUCAAUUCAUAUGCCCAGAUCGUGCCAAACUGCCAUUUUGACACUUCAACUUAUUUCAACUUUUGAGAGACAAAUUUUCGACUUUUUGGGCUACAUGUGGCUGCCCAUUUUGGCCAAUUUUUUCAACAUUAUAUUCGUGAUUUUUGGACUGUUUGGCCUUUACCAAUACAGGGUUAAAUACUUAGUGGUGUACACAGUCUGGAUGAUAGGAACUUGAAAAAUAUACGAUGUUGUAGUUUGGUUAGCAUACAAUGUUUUUAUUAUUUGUUUCUACCUGGAGGUAGGACAAAUGAAUAAAAAAGAAGAUAUUCUCAGUUUUGGAGCAGGAAGCUUUAGCUGGUGGCUAAUCAACAGUCCCGGCUGCCGGCCACUAUACAACACAACAUUCGCCGCCGAUUUUGUAGUCGACGAGAACGAUGUGUCACCGUUUCGUCCGUCAGAGGUUGAGGGCUGUUAUGUCCGUUAUGAAAAGAUCGAAGUGACGCAUGCUUCAAUUCAGUUGGUUCUUUCCUUGCUCGGAUUUGUUUUAUGUAUUUUUAUAAUACAUUACUAUCUGACAGUUCUAAACCCUAAACUCGAAAAGCAGAAGGUGAAAGCCAUGUAUUCUAUAGAGUACUCUCCACAGAACCAUGACAGUAACCCCAACACACUUGAGCGUGAGACCGACCUCCAGCUGCAGGAUGGAGAGGCCAGAGCGCAUAUGACCCCUAGGCGGGUCAAACGAAGAUCAUACAGGAAUUCAACCCGAAACAGUAAAAGCAUGAAUCGGCAGACCAAUCGUCAAAGUGGCCGAAGCGCAAGAUCGAGUGGAAGAAGUCAUAAAUCGAUCAACCCUGUUACUCGAUUGAUCGACGCGGAUCAAAAUCGAGCAGACUCUAGCACAUCGAAUGAUGCAGAGAGAUAUGGACAAAUAAACCCGGGUUUCCAGAUGGAUAAUAGUCGGCCUAACUCUAUUUACAACCUGUCUGGACCUCCGACAGAUAUAGAAGCGAGCAGGCCGCAAAGUGCUCUCACCUCUUAUUCGAACUUCCACGGACAAAGACGACCUGGCGCACAAACAGCUGCUGGACGCGGCAAUAUUACUAAUCUAACACAAGAAAGUCUUCUCAACCAUGAACAGGCUGAAAACACGAAUAUGAACAUGAACGCUAGUUAUGAUAGUUUGCCACCUCCCCCACCCCCUCUCUCCUCCUCCCCCACUCCCCAGGAUGAUGGUAUUUAUGAGAGUGAUAAUACAAGUUCUAUAGCAACAGCUCAGCUCCCUGUCCCCCAGACUAGAUCUAGUAUACGAAGAAAUGAAUAUGUAAAUAUACCAUUGAAACAGGAUCCAGGCACACAGAGUUACCAGGAGCCUGAACCUCAGAGCCCUGUAUUAACCUCGCCACCAUCCUCCACAGCAUAUUCUCAACCUCCGGUCUCCAAUCCUCAGCACAGCUAUGCAAAUAUGCCAACAGAUUCAAGAUCUGGAAAUAUGUAUGGUGGGGCUAGGCCCCGACCCAGUAAUCCUCUGUACUCCGACUAUACCCUGGAGAUGGAAACCUCAAGGUAUUCUGAGUUGGAUCGGUCAGCUGGGCAAACUCUUAGUUACGAGGCAGAAACAUUGCGGGCAGAUACAAAACUUGUACAGCCAGGACUGUACAAUGAACCCUACUCCCUGUCUGAUGUCCCCUCCCAGAGAAGUUCUCAGAGUGAACCUAAUCCUCCCCCACCUACCUUCUACAACCAAAUCUCUGAAAACCAAUAUGGUCAAAAACCUCUUCCCCAGUCUCCGAGAGGUCAGAUUAAUGUUCAUAGAGGUCAAAGAGGUCAGCAAUCUGAAAUAAGAGGUCUGCAUACAGAAAUUAACUCCGGAGGUCAUCAUAGACCAAAUAAUUCAGAACAGUUUGUAGGCUCUAGAAAUAAUUACAACGAGCAAAAUGGAUUCAAAGGGGGCAGAAGCCAGGGCCCCCCUCCCCCUGAGCGUAGGGCCGCUGAGAAAGCCCCUGAAGAACCCUAUGACCCCCUAAGAUAUGAUCAUGACUCUGGGCUGCAAUCCAUGAAUUCUGAAUUCAAUUCUCACACCAGCCACCAGGGGAUCGAGGGGAAAGAAGGCAGACAGAGCAUGCGCAGAGUUCCCAAUGGCCAUGCUGCGCGGGACCGUGUUUCUUUGCGAAUGAAACAGCGGCGUGAUAUGGAAAAUAAAGCAGCAAAACCAAAAAAUGACCAAAAUCAAGGACAAGCCGGCUUUACCAACGGUUAUGACGACUAUGGCUAUUCUAAAAACGGACCUUCCUCACUUCAGAAUGGACACUUAACAGGACCUGGGUCAAAUGGUCCUAGUUCAAUGCCAAAUGGAGGACUAAACGGGCAUUUAGAGGACAGUGAGGACAAGUGGUAUAUGAAGGACAGCAUGCGUCCUGUUGGUGCGUCCGCCCACGGUUUAUCGUGCAAAUGCUACCGAUGCCAGCGGAAGCUGACAGCUAUUUGAUUUUUGCCAGCGGAACGUUUAGUGAAAUUAAACAAAUUAGACAAUUAAAGUUUUAUCUGCAAUGACAGUGCAUGCUUUAACUGGCAUUGUAAACAAGCUAUGUCAGAAAUCUUAGCCACAGUUAUAAAUCUAUAGUGACGAAAUCUAUAGUGACGUUAUAAAUCUAUAGUGACUCAGCAAUCAAAGUUGUGUCGUCUUUAAAGCUAUGAUCGAUUAGCUAUCGUAAUUUUUGUAUUUUAUGGUUCUUUACCUGAUUAAUAAACUUCACUUUUUUUGUGAAGCAUUAAACACCAAAGCAAA